AUACCUACUGUAUAUUUAGUGUAUUUAAUAUACAGUACAUGUAUUGCAUAACAUUGAAUGACUUGAAGUGUAAUGUCAUAUAUGAAUGUUUGUAAUGUUUUGUUUACCAUUUGAUGUUUGUAUGAAUGCAUUGAUGAAUAGAUAAAUGUAUUGAAGUGUUGAAUGCAUUGGUUUUGAAGACAUUGAUUGAGACGAGUAUUGAGUGAGACAUCGAUCAAGUCUUUCAUAUGUUAAUCAAUGGCAACGAAGACUCACCCGCCGAUCGGUCGGCACCCGAACAACACAUCAACGGCACUAACAUUGAGGACAAUAUGAUGGCCGCCAUUACUGACGGCCUCAAUGCGGGACAAACGGGUCAAUCGACAAAUGCAUCGUCAGCUCAGGUGUUACUCAUCUGCCGCAAGAACUCACAUCCAUUUACUGAAAGAAAGGUAUAUCUGGAGGGCUCGACACCCGUCAAAGUGGGCAGAGCUGUGGCCAGAAGUAAGCCGUCAAAUGACAACUUCGUAUUUGACUGCAAAGUGUUGUCCCGAAAUCACGCCUCCCUUUGGGUCGACAAUCAUAAGUUUUACCUGAAGGACACCCGAUCCUCAAACGGCACGUUUGUCAAUAACUUUAGACUCAGUCCUGCUAAUGAAGAGUCGCAGCCUCGGGAGGUGUUUUCGGGUGAUAUCGUGCAGUUUGGUGUCGAUGUGAUGGAAAAUCAACGUAAAGUAACCCAUGGAUGCAUAAUAGCGACUCUUAAGUUGUAUCACAACGACGGCACUGAAGCCAAAUGUCAAGAACAACACCAGAACUAUACGACAAACUCAAACUAUAGCACUGUUCACAUCAGUUCACAACAAUUACAUGAAUUGUCUCAAUAUCUUACCGAAGCUCUACAUAGAGAGCAAAUACUUGAAAAUAAAUUAGAGACAUUAGAAAGGGUAGUCUCAAGUGCUCACGAGUCGGCCAACACGGCCUGGAAAUCACUUGUUGAAGAGGACCGUCUACUUAGUCGUAUAGAAACACUGCAAAACAAACUUGAAAUAUGUCUUAAUUCAUCUCAGAUGAGCAAUCAAUCAAAUAAAGAGAGUACUGAUAGCACCGAUAGCUCAUCAGUUCAGGUAUUACGCGAAGAAAUGCUUAAAUUAAUUGACGAUAAAGACAAGUACGAGUCUGCAGCCAAAGAGGCUAUUCAGAAGACAUUGGAAGAGAAAUUAAUUAUUUUGACGCGACUGCAUGAAUAUGAAGUGUCGAUUCGUAGUCAUGAAGAAGAAUGCAAUCGACUUCAAGGGGUAGUGACCGUCAGCGCUAAAGAGAUUAAUCGGUUGGCAAAUUGUAACGAUGAGUUGACCAAAGAAAUUGAAUCUUAUGUCAAUCGAUUAAAGACUACUGAAGACCAGAAAAUAUCAUUAUUAGAGGUGACUAACAAAGAAAGAGAAGACUUAGAGGAUUUGGUUGCAAAAUUGAAAACUAAAGAAACAGAAAAUAAUGAAAUUAUAAAAGAGUUGAGAGCCGUAAGUGAUUCUGCAAAUCUUGAAUUAGAGAAACUUAAGUUGCAAUUGGAUGUAAUUAAACAAACGCAAAAUGUGGCCAAUGAUGGCAUUUGUGUCAAUAAUAAUGUCUGCAACGAAACAAUUGAUAGAACUAAUGAUAAUAACAAUGCCAUUAAUGGUAAUGAAAUGUUAAGUGAAGAAUUGCAAAAAGUGAAAAAACAAUUAAUGCAAAGCAAUACCAAAUGUGUUGAAUUGAAUGCAGAACUUAAUGGAUUAAAAGCCAAACAUCUAAGCGGAAGUAGAGAAAUGAUUUGUGACAAACUUAGCGAUAGUACUGUUACUUUGAAACAGUCAACUACAGCUAUGGAUCUACCGGUGACGGAUCAAAAUUAUAUAAAUAAUUUAAUGGUUAAUGGAGAGAUUAACAGUACAAAUGAUAUUACUAUAAAUGAGACAUUAAUUAAUGAGGAAAUUGAUUAUUGUGUCAAAAGUGAAGAGAAAGACAUGAAAACACUGGAUGACCAGGUAUUGGGAACAGCAUCACAGCAAACGUCUAGUCAACCAUUGAAAUCGGAAAUUGAUUUACUAAAAGAAUUAUUAGCCGAAACUCGAGCAUCAAAGAAAUCAACAGAUGAAGAAUUGUCGAGAACUGUCACUGAAUUAGAGAACUUAAGGUCACUAACGAAGCAAUUGUCAAUAGAGUCGGAUGAGACACAAGAAAAAAUAGAGAAGACUCUCAAAGAAAUUGAUGAAAGAAAUGCAUUCAUACAGACAUUGAAAAAUCAAAUCAACGACUUACAAGAAAAAAGCAAACAAAGUAUUCAAGAAUAUAAGCAAUUGAUGAUUAAAAUGAGUGAUAGCGAGAGGUUGUUAGGUCUUAAAGACGAUGAAUUGAGUAGUUUAAGGGUUUUACUUGAAGAAGAGCGCAAAGUUCAGCAAAGAUAUGCCAAUAAUUAUGAAAUUUGUAAAAAGCAAUUAUGUGAACAACAAUUGAUUGCCAAAAAUAGUCAAACAGAAGCAGAACUAUUGCGCAGAAAAGUCUAUUCUUGUAAUGAAGAGUUGCGGACGUCGCGGAAUAAUUUGUCCACAAGUAGUACCAUUGAUGACAAAACUGUUAAAGAAAAUGAAAAACUACAGAAUGAAUGCCAAACGUUAAAAACAAAAUUACAAACAAUUGAUACACAACUUUAUUCUUCUCGAACCGACCACCAGAAGCUUAGAGACGAUUACGAGUAUUUGCAGAAAUCGUUUUUAUUAUUACAGGAAAUUAAUGGGGAACUGGAGAAUAGGGGAGAUAACUAUUGGAAGGAACAAUACAAUGAUGCCAAACAACAAUUACAAACAAUUGAUUCAAAGCUCACUUUAGCCAAUAAAGAAUUAGAAGAAUUGAAACAAGAAUGUGAAGAAUAUACUAAUAAUAACAAAGCCUUAAAUGAAGAUCUUAUUAAUGCCAACCAAGAGAUUGACAAUAUAUCAUAUCAGAAUAAAAUUGCGACUGCAUGUGCCAUCAUUCCACUCAUUAUGUUAUUGAUUGCUGUUGUGAUGGCAUACUAUCCAUCCGUGUCUUCAGUGACUGGAACCAAUGAAUUGUGAUUUUUAGCUAAGUGUGUAUUACAAUACCUGAACAGAUAACAAAAAUUAUAGAUUUUAUUG